UUUAUUUUUCAAAACAAUUUGCCCCCUCUCUCUACUGUGUGAUUGUGUGAGAAAAAAGUGACAAAAAAUUUUAGAGAGAGAAAAUUGGAUUCUUGUCAUCAAGCUCAGCUAUGGACAAGGGUUCUUAUUAAAGAAAUCAGCCUCCUCAAAUUAUCCCCAUUUUUUUUUUUUUUUUUAGUUCUACGUUUUAUUUUCUCUUCAUCAAUUUGCAUUAACUUCAUUUUUACACAUACAAGAGGUCUUAAGAGAGUUUUUCUCGUUGUUCUGGAGAUUUAUUAUUGUCAAUGUCUUCUGAUUUAUUUGUAUUUGAAAACCCAGUUUCUUCUGAUUCUCCGAUUGACCCAUUUCAUGAUAUUUUCCAAGAAAUUGAAGAAAAUGGCAAAACUAGUUUGAAUUUGCUUCAAGGAAAAAACCCUUUUGAUGAAAUCAAUUCUUUGGACCAAAUUGCCAGUACUCAGUUUGAGAAUCUAUCCUUGUACCAUUUAACAAAUCCUGAGAAUUCUGUUUUAGAGGUUAAAGCAAAGGAAGAUCAAUUCCCUUUUGACAGUUUCUCAGAUCAUGGAAAUUCAAUUCUACAUGAAUUUUAUGAUGUCGCUGCUGAAUCUGCAGUGAAGUUCAUGCAUAGGAGUUACAGCAGCAAUUCUUUUGAAAAUAUUCCGAAUUUUCUAUUUCAACCUCGAUUUGAUAAUAUUUUUGAGUCUCAAAAUUUGCAAAAUGAUGUGCUGAAUUCCCCAGAAAGCAGUUUCUCUUCUGGUCAAAUGAGAAGGAUUUGUAGCGCUGGAGAUUUACAGAAGAUGAAAGAAAAAAUGCGUACCCGAAAUUUGCCGUCUUCAAGUCCAUUAUCAAACGUAAAGUCAUUGAUUGCAGAAGCAAAUGUUAAAGCCCGAAGGUAUACUGCAGAAGAGAGGAAAGAAAGGAUUGAUAGGUACAGAGCAAAGAGAACUCAAAGAAACUUCAACAGGACAAUUAAGUAUGUGUGCCGUAAAACGUUGGCCGACGGUCGACAAAGAAUACGUGGAAGAUUUGCACGCAAUGAUGAAGCACGAGAGACUCGCAAAGCAUCAAUGUGUAAUGGAUAUGAAGAGGAAGAUGAUCUUUGGGUGAUAUUAUUUUCCCCGACUUUCUAUUAUAUAAAUGAUCAUAAAGCUUUACAUAUAUCUGAUUUAAAGCAUUUUAUGAUGGAUCUUUAUGUGUGAAAUUGGCGUAGCCUUUGGAGAAAGCUUGAGUUCAAACAAUUUUUAUUUGUGAGCUGUUUCUGUGGUUCUAAAUACCAAGUUUGAAAUGACAGCUUGAGAAAUUUUCUUGAGGGAUCGUUUUAUACUCCAUCCACGAAUUUAGGAUCAUAUUAAAACAAAUACUCUCUAAAUUCAAGUAUGGAAAUGAGAAAAAAAUUGAGGGUAUCAGCCAAAACCGCCCUGCGCAGCUGGCCUGCACUGGGUGUUUAGGUUGAUGGUUUAGUAAAUCAUUUGUUUACUCUGCCUUAAGACAAAUAAAUUCAAAUUUUGAGUAACAUUAUUGAAGGAGGCAGCCAAAACCCCCUUUCACAGCCGGCUUGGAUUGGACGUUAAGUAAAUGUUUGGCAGAUCAUUUAUUUAAUCUGCUUUUGAACAUAUAAUCAUCUUAAAGACAAAUCUAAAUUUGAUUGUAGGUCGACGGAUUUCCCGAAGAUGCUGGAAUUAUACAAGGAAGAUCAUUCUUUGAGAGCUCCUAGCAACAUCGCUAUUAGAAUAACUACUGUUGAGUGAAGCUAUUCUCUUCAAAAACUUAAGAAGGAUAGUCAUAUUAUGCCUUCGGAUAAAAAAAGACAAAGACAGAAGGCUUAUUUUAAAGUAGUGCAUGUUUGGUACACUGUAUCGGACUAGAGGAGACACUAUUAAAUAAGAAAAUGAAGCUAAAAUCUUAUUUGUAGUACCCGUUCUGUUGUGUUUACCAAACAUGCUGUUAGGCGAUUGGCUCAGGUUUGACAUCCCUUAAUUUCCAUGUGGUGGCAGCAGUAGAAAUUGUGUUUAUAAGUUCCUCUAGGGAAAUGUUUAGUGAUGAGUGCCAUGUGUACUUUGUUGUAUUUUUUAACUUUAGUCCUUUGUAUCAUAUUUUGGUCUGUGUAUAUAGUAGUUUGCAAUCAAUAAAAAGAGAAAAAAAUUGCUCUUCUUCAAA